CUUUAUCAAGAAAAAUUCGAUUUAUUUCUGCGCAAUCAGUUCUGUCAGACUGGUUACACGUAUACAGACUACUGCGUCAAGUCAGUUGCAAACGUGGCGGCGCUGUUGUAGGAAAUUUGAUUUUUUAGGUUAUCCUGUAAUUGUCACAUCAGUUCUAUAAAAAAAAUGCGGUGGAUUGUUACUUUGUGUAUUUUAUUAAUAGGUUACAAUAAUCUUGCUACGGCAUAUUUUGUAACAAUAGACGCUCACGCAGAAGAAUGUUUCUUCGAAAAGGUCGAAUAUGGUACCAAGAUGGGACUAACUUUUGAAGUGGAUGAAGGUGGUUUCCUAGAUAUUGACUUAAGUAUUGUUGGUCCUGAUGGGAAAGUAAUUCAUCAGGGUGAUCAGGAACGAGGUGGGAAGUAUACCUUUGCUGCACAUACCCCUGGUGUGUACACAUAUUGCUUUGGCAAUCAAAAAAGUACAAUGACUGUGAAAGUCGUAAUGUUCAAUAUCGAUAUCGAAGAAAAUUCUAAGGAAGGAGGAGAUAAAAAUACAGCAGUAGAAGGUCACGAUGGUGAUGCAUCGAAUCAUGGCAAGCUAGAUGAUAUGAUCAAGGAACUGACCAACAGUCUUCGUGGAGUUAAAAAUGAACAAGAGUACAUGCAGAUGCGGGAUAGAAAUCAUCGUGCUAUCAAUGAAAACACAAACUUCCGUGUAGUUGUGUGGUCGUUUUUUGAGGCCUCUGUUCUGGUCUGUAUGACUUUGGGUCAAAUCUAUUAUCUCACACGAUUUUUCGAAGUCAGAAGAGUUGUCUAGUGUUCAUACUAUGAAUCUUUAUAUUUAUAUCAUUCAUAUAGUAAAUAAAAAAAAAUAUUCAAAUCUUG